UUUGGUUUGAUUAUUAAUCCUUCAUCAUCAGCGUACGUGAUAUCGGACAGCUAAGAAAACCAAGUUAACCCAUUACAUAAUGCUUGAUUUUAAAAACUUACAUACAAAUUUAAGACUGACAUACGUACCCAGUGUAUAUGUUACGGGCAUUUUCUAAAUUUAGACAUUUUGUAAAAUGACUGAAUUUUCAGGCAAUUUAUAAAAUGCCUAACCUUGACAGGCAUUAUAUAAAAUGACUAAAAUUACCUAGUCAUUUUGUAAAAUGACUGAAAUUUUGAAACAAAAUUCAACAAAUUGCCUGUUCAGUUUCAGGUAAUUAGUAGAAAAAGUAUAUCAUUGAGAUGCAUAUGACAAAAAGUGGACAAAAACACAACAUCUUGCAAAGAAAAUAACUAAUGAUUCGGUAGAAUUAGUUUAUUCUUCAAAAACCACCUGGGAAAGUUUGCAUAUGUCAUAUGAUAUGUUCUUUUUAGUGAAACAACGUUAAGUAUAUACUCCGUCUGUAUUUCAGAUAGUAAAUUUAUGAUUAUUUUGUUAAAAUGGCAGAUUGACAAAUUGUUCUUUCAAAAACAGUGAAGUGAAACAUGAAGCAGAGAAAAGAAGUUUGUUUUUAAUUGACUGAUUGCUGUUUGUUUGCUUUCAGUAGAAAAUAUUUCAUGCAUUUUUAAGACGAGAACAAUUUGGUAAUAAUUCAUAUGGGUUAUUUCUGCAGUGGAUUAAUCUGGAUGAAGGACUGGAAUUCCGACUGCCACUUGAAAUGAAGGUAUUUUGGAUAGGGACAGAAAAUUCUACCUGCAAAACGGUCAAAGAGUUCUUAACGUGCAGAUCAUAAAAUAAUUCCGAAAACAUGAGUGGAAUUGAUCCAAACAAGAUAAAAGAUGCACAGAAGCUAGGUGAAAUGAAUUCGAGAGGACUUAACACAAAAGAAACAGAGAAACGAGGUGUUCUUGCUGAGCAAGGUGAAUCAGUUUGUAAUGAUUCAUUAUUAAAUGUAUUUUCACAAGAACAAGAUAUAAGCCACCAACCCUCUGCUGAAAAUAAUACAGAAGUACCAACAGGUGAAUUCGCAGAAGGAAAGAGUGAAAAAAGCUUAUUAGAAGAACUCAUUACAUCUGAAACCGAGAAAGGUGCAACUGCAGAGAAAACUGAAGAACAUAAACCUAAUGAAGUAGAUACAGAAAAUAUAGAGGCUAAUAAUAUUAAAGAACAGGCGUCUGGAUCAGAAUUGCUAACAGUAGAUAAAACUUUAUGUGAUGAUGUCAUUACUUGUGUUGAACUGUGCCAAUCAUGUCUUAGGGAUGACGAAGAAGAGGCUGCUGACCUGUGGUGUAAUGACUGUAGUGAAGCUGUUUGUCGAAGUUGCGGUAAAGCUCACAGACGAUUCGCAGUUGCUCAUGAUGUGAUAUCGAUUAAAGAUGCUACCGCUUGUAGAAAACAUUUACCCAAAAGCUGUUCUAAACAUGAGAUUAAAAAGAUUAUUCUGUUUUGCGUAGGACAUGAUAAAUUAAUUUGUCAUGAAUGUUUGUCAGAGAGUCAUAGAAGUUGCGAUAAGAUAUUGGAGAUAGAAAAGGCUGCUGACGGCAUAAAAAACAGUGCUGCAAUUACUGACUUAAAAGAAAGAAUGAGAAAUUUUGCUAGUAUUCUUGAAAAGACACAAACCGAAAAUAAGCAGACAAUAUCUAAAGUCAGCAAAGAAAAAGAGAGCGCGUACGACCAUAUACAAGAAUUAUUCCAGUGCUUUAAAAAUCACUUAUUAACAAUUCAAAAUAAUCUCAACAAAAACUACGAAAAAAUAGUUAAACAAAAUGAAGAAAAUAGUGAACAGCUAAAAUACUUAAGACAAAAUCUGCAAGAAAACAUAGACUGGAUGUGUAUGUUAGAACGUAGUUCUUCUGAAAGAAAUAUAUUCCAUGCAGUAAAACACCUUGAUGCCAUACAAAUAGUAAGUGAGAAGCAAAUCGUUGAAAUUAAAAAAGACAUGACAACGUACCCGUUGGAUGUUUUACCCUCUGAAAGUAUGAGAAAUAUAGAUAAACUUUUCGAAGAAUUGAUGGGGAAAUCAAAACGCCUUAGUUUGCCUAAACAAACCGCCAUUUUAGCUUCAGAUUGCUUAAAAUCACAAAUAAAAGUCGAAAGAGAGAUCCCGCCUCAAAUGGAAAAACUAUAUAGGCCUCCACCGUAUCAGGACCUCAUAGCAGGCGAUAACUCAACAUUUGGAGCGUUGUGUUUCACUGAAGACGGUCGUAUCAUUGUUGAGGAAUUAAAAGAUUUUCCCCGUGAAAAACGGUAUUGAUUAAAACAAACAAUCCACUGUCUUCGAAUAUUUGAUUUGCAAACUAGGCAGUCUAAACAGAUUACUCUUUCAGAAAAAUACGAUAAGUUCAACGUGCGCAUAGGCUCCAAUUGCAUGUAUAACGCAACGCUUGCCCUACUGGCGUCAAACAGUGAAAAGACAGGGAUCAUGGUUAUUGACAUAAAUCUUCAAAGACAUUGCAGGACGAUUUACCUGCAGAGUUCUGAGCGUAUCGGUAAUAUCGAACAUAUAAAAUGGGUGUCGUCUAAAAAAGGGAAAGUAUUGCUUUUUGCAGAGACUAAUAAGGGUUUGUGGUUAAUGUUUAUUGAUUUUAAUGGUGCGAUUUUAUCAGCAUUUAGUCUUUCAAACUCAGUUGUUGAUGUUGAUUAUGAUGGUUCAAAAAGAUUUUUUCACACAGACCAGAAAGUCAAUGACAUUUUUGUCAUUUCAAUAGACAAAAACAUUACAUCGAAGUGUUAUUCAAGUCUUGAUUUGAGAGAAGGAUGUAGCAUAUUGCAUACAGUCGACGAUGAGUUACUACUUCUCGAAACACGCUCAAAUACAAUUUAUAAACUAAACCUUAAAUAUCACAGUCGGUCGAUUUUGAUCAACCAAAAUAUUACAAAUCCAACGCAUUUUAAUAUAUGCCAUAAGUUAAAAACAAUUGCAGUAACUAUGGACGUGGAAUGCGUGUAAGGAUUUUUCCCUUGUGAUACUUCUGCAAUCUUGACGACUAAUUUGCCUUUGAAAUGUAGGCAUGGAAAAACAAAAUUUUCACAAUUGUUUGUAAAGUUGCUAAAAGUGUAUAUAUAAAAAGGAAAUUGUAAUAAAAUAUGUAAAUAGGCAUGUAAAAAUCA